AUGUUUUAAUUGGAAAUUGAUGUAAUAGAUCAACGCGAUUAUUCUGAGAGCAAACGAUUAAAAGGAAAAUUGGCUUAUAUGCCUAAUAAUUAUGAAGAGUUUUUGGAUAAAGGAGGAUAUUAAUGUAAAAUGCAUUCAUAAAGGGCCACAUAUAAACAUUUGAUAUAAGAUCAUUUAAAUUAAAGCCAUACCCUCUAACGAUAAUUUGAUUUCAGAUUAUAUAGAAUUAUGCUUUAAAGGUCCAACUUAAUGCGAAAGAAGAAGAUGAAUUUUUGGAAAUGA